AUGAGUUCGUGCAGCAGCAGAGCGCUGACCAUCCUGUCCACGGUGUUUGGGGCGUGUGGUCUGCUGCUGGUCGGAGUGGCUGUGUCUACAGACUACUGGCUGCUGAUGGAGGAGGGCAUCGUGCUGCAGCAGAACCAGAGCAUGGAGGUCAAGAUGGCCCUGCACUCUGGCCUCUGGAGGGUCUGCUUCGUGGCUGGGACAGAGAACGGGAGAUGUGUGGCGUCAGAGUAUUUCACUGAGCCAGAGAUAGAGAUCACCACAGAGAAUACUGCUAAUAUUCUGAAGAUGGUGCGGACGGCCACUCCGUUCCCCAUGGUGUCUCUGCUCUUCGUCUUCACGGCCUUUGUCAUCAGUAACAUCGGACACAUCCGGCCCCAGCGCACCAUCCUGGCCUUCGUCUCCGGGAUCUUCUUCAUCCUCUCAGGCCUGAGUCUGGUGGUGGGGCUGGUGCUCUACAUCUCCAGUAUUAAUGAUGAGGUGAUGAACAGACCGAGGGAGCCUGAACAGUUCUUCAACUACCGCUACGGCUGGUCAUUUGCCUUCGCAGCCUCCUCCUUCCUACUCAAGGAGGGGGCUGGGGUGAUGUCAGUCUAUCUGUUUAUGAAGCGUUAUGCUGAGGAGGAGAUGUACCGCCCCCACCCAGCCCUCUACCGCCCCCGUCUGUCUGAGUGCAGCGACUACAGCGGCCAGUUCCUCCACCCUGAGACCUGGCCUCCUCCUAAGAGGGGCCGCGGUGACUCCCGGGCCUCCAGCGACAUCUCCAUCCAGAUCAACCAGACCCCCCUGCCCCCUUCCACUGGCCCCCCUCACUACCACACACACAUGCACAUGGGCGCCUCCCCCUGUUAG